CAGGGGUUGAGUUCAGAGAAUAAGAAAAAGGAAUUUAAAUGUACCGGAUACCAGACACCAUAUGUUAAAGACAUUAUUUUAUCCAACCCUAUUUUAACCAAUUCUAUGUUCAUGCUUUGUGAUAGGUACCAUCGUCUUUGGUAGAGACAGUUUCUUUGUUCCUGAGGCCAUAAAAAUGGAGUAACUCACCAAAUUCCGCACACAUUGUGAACGGUGGGACACAGAGUCCCCACACACCCCAUUUCCUGCUUAGACUUCAUUUCUGUCACAUGUAACUGGAUUUCUGAUUCCAAGCCGGAUACACAGUUAAAUCUGGUUCCAAAAGGCAGCCCUUGCAAACAUCCGCUAUUUUUCUUGAGUAUGUGUUUUGAGAAAUUUAAGGUCACUAAGUAGAUCUAAAAGAGAGAAGAUUGCCAAGUCUCAAAAGGGCAGGAACAGUCCUUGGCCUCACCCCAGUGAAUGACAGACCAUUUCAUGGAGUGGGAGGAGGAAAGGUGGUGCCUUGUGACGAAAAACUGGACCCGGAGCAGAUGUUAAAACAGAGGCCCUGGGGAGAGGAGCCACCAUCAGGGAAAGACUCACUCCCAGUGACUAUAGAGAAGACAGCACUGUCCUCUGUCAAGAUGAAGCUGCUGUUGCUGUGUCUGGGGCUGACUUUAAGCUGUGCCAGCAAGGAAGGAAUCCCUGCUGUUGUGAGAAGCAACUUAGAUAUUCCAAAGAUUUCAGGGGAGUGGUAUUCCAUUCUCUUGGCCUCAGACGUCAAAGAAAAGAUAGAGGAAAAUGGUAGCAUGAGAGUUUUUGUGGAGCAGAUCCAUGUCUUGGCAAAUUCUUCUUUGCUCUUUAUACUUCAUACAAAGGUAAAUGGAGUGUGUGCUGAAAUAUCUUUGGUUUGUGAUGAAGCAGGAGAGGAAGGUGUAUAUACCUUUAACUAUGAUGGAGACAAUACAUUUUACGUACUUGAAACGAACUAUACUGACUAUGUUAUUCUUUAUCUCGUGAAUGUCAGCAGUGAUGUAUCCUUCCAACUGCUGGAGCUCUACGGCCGAGAACCAGACUUGAGUCCAAGACUAAAGAAAAAGUUUGUGAAAAUUUGCCAAAAAUAUGGAAUUGUUGAGGAAAACAUAAUUGAUCUGACCAACGUCGAUCGCUGUCUCGAAGCCCGAGGGAGUGAAGUGACCCAGGCCUACAGUUACCGCUGAGUGAGUGCCACCUCACUUGGGCUCCAGGAUCUUCUCUUCUGUGGUCCCCACAUCAUCUUGUGACAAGUUCUGUGACCUGAUUUCUCCAUCACUAUCGCACAUGAAGGCAUCAUCUCUGCAUCUUCAGGAUCUUCCCUAGUUAACUAGGAAGAUUCAUCAACUCACCAAGAAUCAAAGUUUUCUCCAGAUUUCUGACUCUCUUUGUCAUAUUCAGGACAACAGUACCAUGAACAAGACCUUCCUCUGCCUGGCAAUAAAUGAUUCAC